GGUGUGCCUCUUUAGCCAGAAGCUGCUAUGGGUUACCUCAAGCUAAUUGAAAUAGAAAACUUUAAGUCAUGGCGUGGGAAACAAAUUAUUGGACCUUUUAUGCGAUUCAAUUGUAUUAUAGGACCAAAUGGUUCUGGUAAGUCCAACAUCAUGGAUGCGCUGAGUUUCGCCACAGGCGAGCGGGUCGCCUCUCUUCGGGUGAAGCACCUGAGUGACCUUAUCCACGGAGCCCACAUCGGUAAACCUGUGUCCGACACCGCCCUGGUGGCCCUCCACAUCUGCGAUGAUGAGGACCAUGAGAGAAUCUUUUCCCGUACAAUAGCAGGUCACUCUUCAUCAUACCAAAUUAAUGGAGCUCAGGUUUCAUAUGCAACCUACAUCAAGGAGCUUGAAAAGGUCGGGAUUGUGACCAAAGCUCAGAACAUUCUGGUGUUCCAGGGGGCAGUGGAGGCCAUUGCUCUGAAGGAGCCAAAGGAGAGGACUAAGAUGUUAGAGUGCAUCUGUCAGUCCCAGCAGUACGCUGCAGAAUACCAGAUGAAGAAGGAAGCCCUGCUGAAGGCUAGAGAGGACAGCAAGUUUCACUUCAACAACAAGAAAUCUGCCAUAGUGGAAAAGAAACAGGUCUCCCAAGAAAAAGAAGAGGCCCUGAAGUACCAGGCCUUGGUGGAUGACCUGAACCACAAACGUCUGAAGCUGAAUCUGGUUGAGCUUUUUUAUAACGAGAAGAGCAUCAGCGCCAUUAGUGAGACGCUGAGGGAGAAACAAGAGGAUGCAGCGGGAAAGACCGACGAGUUGGUUACUGCAGAGCAACGCGUCAAAGCCCACAAAAAAGAGCACGGACGUCUCAGCAGAGAGCAGCAGCACCUGGAAAAAGAAAUACGGGGUCAGGAGCACAUCCUGGCUCAGUCCAGCUCGCAGUACGUCAAAGCCAAAGUGAACACAUCUCAUCACAUAAAGAAGGCUGCAGAGAUCAGCGCCGCUGUGAUGAGGAACAAGAAGAAGUUGGAAAGUAAAGAGCAGGAGCUGGAAGAAGGUCAGCAGGAAAUGGCUGAGCUUGAGAAGACGUGGAGGAGGUAUGAGAGGCAGACCCAGGAAGAAGGAGUCGCAAAGGGAAGAGACAUCAGUCUAGAUGAGGAUCAGUUAGAUCAAUAUAAGGAGCUGAAGAGGUUAGCCCAGAAGCAGGCGGCUGUCCUCUUCCAGCAGGCUGAGAAGCUACAGUGGGAAGUGACGGCAGACAGUGAAAAGCUGGCUUUUGAGCAGCGCAGAAAGAAGGAAAAAGAGGCUGCCAUCAAAAGCUGCCAAACUCGUCAAGAAGAUCUGAUGAGUAGAGCUGAGAAACUGGAGGAGUACACCCAGAAAUGCAAGGAUUCCCUUGAAGAUUUUGAUCAGCGGGGGGCGAGUCUGUCUGCAGAGCUUCAGCAUGUGUCUCAGCGAAGCAGAGAGCUGGAGGAGGAGCUGCUGCAGGUGACGGAGGAACUAGCCAACGCUCGUCUGGACAGCCACGAGAGCAGACACCAGCAGCAGCGCCGAGAAAUGCUAGAAAAGCUGCGCCGACUCUACCCAGAAACUGUUUUUGGGCGACUGUCUGAUCUCUGCAGCCCAGUCCAUAAGAAAUACCAGCUGGCUGUUACCAAAGUGUUUGGCUCCAACAUGAAUGCAAUCGUUGUGGCGACUGAGAAGGUCGCCCGCGAAUGCAUCGGCUUCCUCAAGGAGCAGCGAGGCGAGCCAGAGACCUUUCUGCCCGUCGACUACCUGGUGGUGAAAACACUGAAUCAACGACUCAGAGAGAUCCCAAAUGCCAAGAUGGUUGUGGAUGUGGUGCGGGUUACUGCCGGCCCAGGCGCUGCUCUGCUGGAAAAAGUGAUGCAGUACGUCUGCGGCAACGCCUUGGUGUGUGAAACCAUGAAAGUUGCCAGGAGUGUGGCCUUUGACAGACAGGAACGAGUUAUGACUGUCACCUUGGAUGGGACGCUGUUUAAAACUUCAGGCGUGAUCUCUGGAGGUUCCAGCGAUCUGCGGACCAAAGCUCGCUGCUGGCAGGAGAAGGACAUGAUCCGUCUGAAGGAACACAAGGACGAACUGAUGCACGAGUUACGGGACUUAGUGAGGCUCAGAAGGAAGGAGUCCAGUCUAAAGCAGAUCUUGGCUGAGGCUCAGGGAGCUCAGAGCCGUCUGAAGUACAGCACAACCGAUUUGGAAAUCCUUCGGGACAAAGCCAUCCCUGACUGCAGAGCGGAAAUCUCCUGCCUGAAGAGUGAGCUAUCAAACCUUAAGUGUCAGAUUCAGAUGCAGCAGGAGAGUCUGGAAGCAAAAGACGCAGAGAUAAAAAGAAUCAGACAGCAGAUCGAUCAGAUCGAGGAUGAGGUGUUUGCAGACUUCUGUGCCCAGAUUGGUGUGGGAAGCAUUAGAGAGUUUGAACAGGAGCACCUAAAGCUGCAGGAAGAGGUCGACAAGAAACGCCUGGAGUUUGAAAGUCAGCGCGACCGCUUGAAAGCGCAGCUGGAAUAUAAUAAGGAACAUCUUGUGCAGGAGAAGAAGAAGCUGCACUCAAUGGAGGACAAAGUUAGCAAGGAGGAGCAGGCCAUUGCUGAAAGCAAAGAGGAUGAGAAGAAGCUUCUGCAGGUAGUAGAGGAGGGUCAGAAUAAGCUUCAGGAGAUGAAGAACCAGCUUCUCCUUAGAAAAAAACAGGUGGCUUCAUUGAAAGCUGAGCUCAGCCAAAAAACUCAACACCUACAGGAGAUCAACAAGGAGCUGACCAAACUUCAGCGAGAGGUCAUGUCUGCUGAGACGGCCCUGGAACAGAAGCGCAUGGCUCGACACAACAUGCUGCUCGCCUGCAAAAUCCAGGACCUGCCGAUCAGUCUGCUAGUGGGCAGCCUGGACGAGAUCAGCCAAGUGCAGGAGCUUGGAACAGAUUCAGAGAGCACCACAGCCACCAUGGAUAUAUACGAAAGAGAGGCGCAGCUCACCAUCGACUAUUCAGGGCUGGAGGAAGAGCUCACGAUUUUGGCUGAAGAUGAAGAGAUAGACGCUCAGAUGGAGAAGCUGAAGGAGUCUGUGUCCUCUGCAGAAAAAGUGCUGAGUUCUACUUCCACCCCUAACCUGAAGGCUCUGGAGAAGAAGAGGGAGGUGAAAGACAAGUUGGAGGCAGUGACUGAAGCUUUCAAUGCGAGCACCAAAGUAGUCCAAAAGUGCAACAAGGAGUUUGAGGAAGUCAAAACUCAGCGCCUCAAGCUCUUCAAUCAGUGUUUUGAACACGUGGUGCUCGUAAUCGAUCGCAUCUAUAAAAAAAUAUGCAGAAACAAGGGAGCCCAGGCCAUUCUGAGUGCUGAGAAUCCUGAGGAACCAUAUUUAGGCGGCAUCAACUACCACUGUGUGGCUCCAGGGAAGCGCUUCAUGUCUAUGGACAAUCUGUCUGGUGGAGAAAAAGCCAUCGCUGCUCUGGCUUUGCUGUUUGCUAUAAAUAGCUUCCGUCCGGCUCCUUUCUUCAUCCUGGAUGAGGUGGAUGCAGCCCUGGACAACACUAACAUUGGCAAGGUGACCAGCUUCAUCAGAGAGGAGUCCAAAGUGAACAUGCAGAUCAUUGUCAUUUCCCUGAAGGAGGAAUUUUUCUCCAAAGCUGAUGCUCUUCUUGGAGUCUGCUCCUAUCUUGAUCACUGCAUGUUUAGUCGCAUUUUGACCCUGGACCUGCGUCCCUACCCGCUGGCUGAAGAGGAAAACGACAAAGCAAGAGCUGAGGAGGCCAGAACCGACACAAGGCUGGAGUCUUCUACCCUGAAAAAGACUCCAUGAAGUCAUCGUUUCUUUGUGUUUUUACCUGAAAAUGUUCUGGUUCUUAAAAGUUUUUAUGCCUGCAGGUGUUUUGCUAAUGGUAGCAACUAGUCUGUUGAUAAUUUUACUAUGAAAAAUAGAAGUAACCUGAGUUCUCUAAGUGUUUUUUUUUUCUAGGAUAGGUUUCAAUGUUUUUAUUGACACCUUUGAUUGUUAAGGUUUUUAUUCAUUUUAAGGUCGGGUGGGUUUGUAAUUGUUAAAUUUUGUCAUUUCCUGACAGUAAUACAAAAAAGUUUAAAAAUUAUUCGGUUUUUAAAUAGCUUGUUUUCA